CGCAGGGCAAGAGAUGCUUCGUUUACCAAUUAGAUCAGAGAAAUGGAAGUUGAGUGCAUUAGUUCACGAAGGAUGGCUGCCGCUUUGUUUUGUUUUCCGCUGUUUGUGCAAUUACGAAGAAUCUUUGCCUCUGGGUUUGAAGUGCAGUCAACCAUCUGCUGUAUACUCAUUUGGCAUUUUACUAAUAGAAAUUCUGACAGGCUGCCAUCCUGUGGAGUUAAAGAGACCUGUGGAUUACAAUUAGAUGGGUCUUCAAUAAAUGUGACAAAGGCAGGCUGAUGGAGGUGGUGGAUCCUUUGAUGGAAGAAGUUGUAAACGUUGAAACACUUUGGGAAAUAUUUGACUUGGCAUUUCAGUGUGCCGGACCCAUGCGAAAUGAUCGACCAGACAUGAAGUUGGUGGCGGAGGAAUUAUGGGCAAUAAGGACUGAUUAUCUCAAGUCCAACGAGAGGGGAGCAGAAAACAAACUACAGCUAAGAGAAGUCUCAUCUCCACUCUACCCAAUUUCUUGCUUCUCUCUUUCCUUUUCGCACCCUUCCAUGUUUUGUGGGUACAAAUCGGUGCAAAUAGGGUUAAAGCCAAAUGUCGUUCCUCUACUAUUGAAAAAAGCUCAAUUUAAACCUUAUACUAUGAAUUUACCUCAUGCACUCCCUCUAUUUUAAUUUAGGUUCUCAUGUCAUCCCUCUACUAUUCAAAAAGGGCUCAAUUUUGUCCCUCUGUCCAUUUUAAGGAUAACAGCAUCUUUUUCCUCGUUAAAAUGAAUACGGUCAGUCAUUUGCCACCUUUUCUAAUUAUUAUUUUUGUCCAUUCUUGUAUUGUGCGGCCCACUUGUUCCACGUCGGUUCUCUUAGCUUCUCUCUGCGCAGAACCGUGUGGGUGGGAAUUCUUCUUUUUAUUAUUUUGCCCAAAGUUGGCAAUCUCAUACUACAUACAUGCUGGUUUUGAUAUUAAUACGGUACAUGUAUUUAUACAUAUCGUGUGUUAUUUUAAAUUUAUCAUUAUAAAUAAAUUUUUUAUAU